AUGAUCCCAAUGAACACUUGUUGUUUCAUUCUCUCUCUGUUGUUUUUCCUAUGUUUCUAUAUUAACAUCAAUCUUUCACUAGGAGGUGACAGCAUUAGAGCAAACCAAUCUCUCUCUGGGAAACAGAUAAUCGUGUCUUCUGGUGGGUCUUUUGAACUGGGAUUCUUCAAACCAGGUAAUUCUUCCAGGUAUUAUAUUGGAAUUUGGUUCAAAAAUAGUAGUCCAAUGACCCUAGUUUGGGUAGCAAACAGGGAGACACCCAUUUCAGACAUGAACUCUGCAGAACUUAAGAUUUUAGAUGGGAAUUUGGUGCUUAUGAAUGAGUCCCAGGUUUCAAUUUGGUCGACUAAUGUAAACUUGACAACCUCAAAUUCUGUAGUGGCAACUCUAGGUGAUAAUGGAAAUUUAGUUUUGAGAGAUGAGUCAGAACCUAGGACAAGUGAUGGAUUUUGGCAAAGUUUUGAUAAUCCAACAGAUACGCUGUUGCCUGGUAACAGGCUUGCCUAUGAUAAACGUACAAAAACAAAGAAAGUUCUCACUUCUUGGAAAAACUUUGUGGAUCCUGCACCUGGGCUUUUCUCCCUUGAAUUAGAUCCAAAUGGGAGUCAGGUAAUCUUAAGAUGGAAUAUGACUGAGUGGUACUGGACUAGUGGACCUUGGAAUGGGCUUUUUUUCAGUUCAGUCCCCGAAAUGAGUUUGAACGGUAUUUAUAAUCAUGUUUAUGUUGACAACGUUAAUGAGAGUUACCUCUCAUAUUCUCUUAAUAAUCCUUCCCUUAAAUCUGGUUAUGUGAUGGAUGUUUCCGGGCAGAUUAAGCUAUUAUUGUGGUAUCAGAAGAGUCGGCUUUUGGUUUGGCAUCAACCUAUGCAGCAAUGUGAUGUGUAUGCUUAUUGUGGGGCAUUUGGUACCUGCAAUCAGAAUUCAUGUUAUUGUUUGCCCGGAUUUAAGCAAAGGUCGGAAUAUGAUUGGAGUUUGAAGGAUUAUUCGGGUGGCUGUGUGAGAGAUAUAAUUUUGAACUGUACGAGUGACAGAAAAGACAAGUUUCUGGCGAAUAAAAUUGUUAGUUUACCUCCAAAUCCACAAUCAGUGAUGGCAGGGAGUGCUCGAGAGUGUAAUUCUAUCUGCUUGAGUAAUUGCUCUUGUACAGCUUACUCUUAUGAAGACAAUGCAUGCUUGGUUUGGAAUGGGGAACUAAUGGAUUUACAACAACCCACAAAAAAUAAUAGCAGUAAAAGAACGAUCAACAUUAGACUUUCCGCCUCUGCAUCUCAGUUUUCAAAUAAUAAAAAAAGGAAAGUACUUGUAAUCGGCUCUGUUGUGGGUUCUGUUGCGGUUGUUAUGGUUCUAUUGGCCACUGUCGUGAUAUGCAUAUGUCACAGGCAUAAAUCUGGGACUACAAAAGCAGUUGAGGAAUCAUCGUUAGCAUUUAGGGACAAGGACAUGUUACAAAUUGAAACCAAAAAUUCCUCAGAUAUGUUGGAGGGAGACAACAAGAGUGGUAUCGGUGUUCCUUUCUGCAGUUGGGAAAGUAUUAUAGCUGCUACCGAGAACUUCUCAGACAUACAUAAACUUGGACGUGGGGGAUUUGGUCCUGUUUACAAGGGAAUAUUUCCCGGAGGGCAAGAAAUUGCGGGCACAGGAACAGAAGCAAGCACCAGUAAAGUCACAGGAACCUAUGGUUACAUGGCUCCAGAGUAUGCAUCGGAUGGACUAUUCUCUAUAAAGUCAGAUGUAUUUAGUUUUGGAGUUGUUGUACUCAAGAUAGUCGCAGGAAAGAAAAACACGGGAUUUUACCAAUCCUCUGAAGACUUGAAUCUCUUGGGAUAUUGUAUUAAUGUUGGGCUAUUGUAUGUGGAAGAAGAUCCCAGUGAUCGCCCCACUAUGUCAAAUGUAGUCCUAAUGCUUAGUGGCGAAACUACAGUCGUUCCAGUUCCCAAUCAACCGGCUUUUGUAAUGCGAAAACGUGUUUUUUCCACAUCGUCCUCAUCCUCUAAUAAACCGGAUUCAAUUUCCAAUGAAUUGACAAUGUCUGCUCCAGAUGGGAGAUGA